AUGGCUGGAGCAUCAGAGAAGAAACGGGCAAUCAGGAACAUUGAGACGUUGUCUUCAGUUCAUAAGUUGUCACUCAUAGUCAAUGCGGUGUGUAUCUUGUGUUUAUUUCUGUUGAAGAGACCGAGUUUUGGUAAAAAAUGGUACUUUAUCUACAGUGUACCUGCAUGGGGGUGUCAAUACGUUGUUGAGAGGACGGGCAGGCCUACGUACGAGAUUGAUGGCGAAGGACGGCGUGUUUUGGUUAGGGCCGGGGAGGAUUUGCAGCAGCCGGGGCUUACAGAGUACAUGUUUGACGUGAUAUACCUCACCUUAGGGAUUGAUGUGCUUAUGUGCGUCUUUGGCAGCAUGAAGGUGUACUAUCUACUGUUGCUCAUUCCCGGAUACGCUGCAUGGCGACUUAGAGGGGUUGCCAGCAUGGUAUUGGGGAUGGUUCUUCCACGUAGGGGGGCGACGGCGGGCGCCAUGGAAGGAGUCCAUGAUGGAGGUAAUGACGGGAAGAGCAAGAGACAGCUCAAGAUGGAGAAACGGGCUGCCAAGGGACAGCAAGUUCGGUACCGUUGA